GCUGCCCUUUCCGGCGCGCGGACCUAAGUUUAUUUUAUUAUUUACUGAAUUGUUUUUUUUUGCGUUGCCGCCAGCUGGACCGGGUCUUCUAUCGCGAUUUUCUCACGUUCGCCAACUUCGGUUUUGUUGAAUGUAAACAAUAUUGAAACAAAUUUUCAUUAGCGGGAUUGAAAAAUGCAGUCGGUAAAAACGGCAGAUCUGCCGGAAAAUCCCCGAGAAAAAUCAAAUUUUAUUUCGGCAGCAUGUUUCUGGUACACCAUGCCCACUUUUCUCAAGGGUCGGAAGGACACAUUGGAUACCAAAGAUCUGUAUAGGGCCUUAAAGGAGCAUAAGUCCGAGACCCUGGGCAACAAAUUGUGCGCCUCUUGGGAGAAGGAACUCGAGAAGACCAAAGGAAAACCUAAUCUGCUUAGGGCUCUCCUACGGGUGUUUGGCUGGUACUUCGCCCUCCUCGGUCUGGUGCUCUUCCUGCUGGAGUUGGGUCUCCGAACGCUGCAGCCGAUUUUCCUGUUGAAACUCAUCUCCUACUAUUCACAUGGAUCGGAAUCCAUUGAAGCGGCCUACUACUAUGCUGGUGGAGUGAUACUGUGCAGCGCCCUCAACGUCAUUAUAAUGCAUCCCUAUAUGCUAGGCACAAUGCAUGUGGGUCUCAAGAUGCGCGUUGGUAUGUGCAGCAUGAUCUACCGAAAAGCCCUGCGUCUUAGCAAAUCGGCACUGGGUGACACCACGGCCGGACAUGUGGUCAACCUUAUGUCCAACGACGUGGGCCGUCUGGACCUGGCUACCAUUUUCGUGCACUACCUGUGGGUGGGGCCAGUGGAGACCCUCUUUAUCACAUACCUGAUGUCCCGGGAGAUUGGAAUCGCUGCCGUGUUUGGUGUGGCCUUCAUGCUGCUCUUCAUUCCUCUGCAAGCCUAUCUGGGAAAGAAGACCUCAGUCCUGCGACUCAGAACCGCUCUGCGAACGGACGAGAGAGUGCGGAUGAUGAACGAGAUAAUCUCGGGUAUCCAGGUGAUCAAAAUGUACGCUUGGGAACUGCCCUUCGAGCAUAUGGUGGCCUAUGCCCGCAAGAAGGAGAUCAAUGCCAUCCGACAUGUGUCCUACAUUAGGGGAAUCCUGCUCUCCUUCAUCAUCUUUCUGACACGAGUCUCAAUUUUCCUGAGUCUGGUGGGCUACGUGCUGCUCGGGACGCUCCUCUCCCCGGAAGUGGCCUUCUUGAUCACCGCCUACUACAACAUCCUGCGCACCACCAUGACCGUUUUUUUCCCCCAGGGCAUCUCCCUCAUGGCGGAGACCCUGGUGUCCAUCAAGCGCGUGGAGAAGUAUAUGCAGUCCGACGAGACGGAUGUUUCGGAUAAGAGUGUGGAUAUUCCAGAGGAUCCGCCAGGCAGCAAUCAGGCGACGGUCCAUGCUGAUGAAGACGAGGAUCGCGAUGAAGCCGAGGAUAAGCUUUUGGGUCCACCGCUUUCCACAAUUAAUGAGAACGCCAAGCUGUCGGAGGCGGGAAUCUCUAUCAGCGGACUUAUGGCGAAAUGGGACGUCAACUCCCCCGACUACACACUUAAUGGGGUAAACCUUCGGGUUCAACCUGGCACAAUGCUGGGCAUCGUUGGACGCACUGGAUCUGGUAAAUCCAGUCUCAUCGAAGCCAUUCUGGGAGAGCUGCCCGCAGAGUCAGGCGAGAUAAAGGUUAAUGGAACCAUGUCGUAUGCCUCCCAAGAGCCGUGGCUCUUUUCUGGCACCGUGCGACAGAAUAUUCUUUUCGGCCAGCCAAUGGACCGCCGGCGGUACGCCAAGGUGGUUAAGAAGUGUGCCCUGGAGCGGGAUUUCGAGUUGCUUCCGUUCAAGGAUAAAACUAUUGUUGGAGAGCGCGGAGCUUCUCUAUCGGGUGGCCAAAAAGCGAGGAUAAGUUUAGCGAGAGCUGUAUACCGGGAGACCUCCAUAUACUUGCUGGAUGAUCCACUCAGUGCGGUGGACACCCAUGUGGCCCGGCAUCUUUUCGAGCAGUGCAUGCGUGGCUAUUUGCGUGAACGGAUCGUAAUCUUGGCGACCCAUCAGCUGCAGUUCUUGCAGCAUGCCGAUCAGAUUGUGAUUAUGGAUAAAGGUCACGUGAGUGCUGUGGGCACAUACGAGUCGCUGCGCGAGUCCGGACUGGACUUUGCCUCCAUGCUGGCCGACCCGGAGCGGGAUGAUCAAUCAGAGGACCGGUCUCGCUCACGAUCAGGGAGCUACAGUCACAACCAUUCCGACCAGCGUCGCAACAGCGAGCAGUCCCUGCUGUCCAUUGCAGACUCGUGCCUGGAUGCGGAGGCGGAGCAGACCAUCGAUCAAGAGCGCCAGGUGGUUGGCCAAAUCGGCAUGGGUCUCUACAGCAAGUAUUUCAAGGCGGGCGGCGGAUUCUUCGCCUUCUUUGUGAUGAUGGGCUUCUGUGUACUCUCGCAAGGAUUGGCCUCGCUGGGCGACUACUUUCUCUCCUAUUGGGUAACCAAAAAGGGCAAAGUGGCUGAUCAGUAUCAUAAUGACACACUCGCCUCUAAGGAACUGGAGCCCCGCCUUUCGAUAUGGCUGCAGGAUCUUGGAUGGCCCGUGGACGCUGAAAUGCUGGACACGUACAUAUUCACGGUGAUCACAGUGUUGACCAUUAUAGUGACCGUGGCGCGCUCUUUUCUGUUCUUCAAUCUGGCUAUGAAAGCCUCAAUUCGUUUGCACAACUCCAUGUUUCGUGGUAUUACCCGAGCUGCCAUGUACUUCUUCAACACGAAUCCCUCUGGGCGUAUCCUUAACCGUUUCUCCAAGGAUAUGGGACAAGUUGACGAAGUGCUGCCCGCCGUCAUGAUGGAUGUCAUACAGAUUUUCCUUUCACUUGCUGGCAUAGUGAUCGUCAUAGCGAUUGUUAAUCCGCUAUUUCUCAUACCAACCGUAGUGCUGGGCAUCAUUUUCUAUCAACUGCGUACCUUCUAUCUAAAGACCUCGAGGGAUAUAAAGCGCAUGGAAGCAAUUACUCGAUCUCCAGUAUACUCGCACUUGGCCGCCUCGUUAACCGGACUGUCCACCAUCCGUGCCUUCGGAGCUCAGCGCGUCCUGGAGUCGGAGUUCGACAACUACCAGGAUAUGCAUAGCUCCGCAUUUUACAUGUUCAUUAGCACUUCACGCGCAUUUGGUUAUUGGCUGGACUGCUUUUGUGUGAUUUACAUAGCGAUCAUUACUCUCAGUUUCUUUUUCUUUCCUCCGGCCAACGGAGGCGAUGUGGGCCUGGCAAUAACACAGGCGAUGGGAAUGACCGGCAUGGUGCAGUGGGGAAUGCGUCAAUCCGCCGAGCUCGAGAACACAAUGACUGCCGUAGAGCGAGUGGUUGAGUACGAGGACAUAGAGCCAGAAGGAGCUUUGGAAGCGCCAGCUGGUAUGAAGCCACCCAAGUCCUGGCCAGAGCAAGGAAAAAUCGUGUUUGACGAGCUGAGCCUACGCUACACGCCUGAUCCAAAGGCGGAAAACGUGCUCAAGUCACUCAGCUUUGUCAUUAAACCGAAGGAGAAGGUGGGCAUCGUGGGACGUACCGGGGCGGGGAAAUCCUCGCUAAUCAACGCCCUCUUCCGACUGUCCUACAACGACGGAUCCGUACUCAUAGACAAGAGGGAUACGAACGAGAUGGGACUGCACGACCUGCGCAGCAAGAUCUCAAUUAUCCCGCAGGAGCCCGUUCUGUUCUCCGGCACAAUGCGAUACAACUUGGAUCCCUUCGACGAGUACAGCGAUGAAAAGCUAUGGCGCUCCCUAGAGGAGGUGAAGUUGAAGGAUGUGGUGGCAGAUCUUCCCAGUGGCUUGCAGAGCAAAAUCACCGAAGGUGGAACCAACUUCAGCGUGGGUCAGCGCCAGUUGGUUUGCCUGGCUAGGGCCAUCCUCCGCGAGAAUCGCAUUUUGGUGAUGGACGAGGCCACAGCCAAUGUGGAUCCCCAAACAGAUGGCCUUAUCCAAACCACCAUUCGAAAUAAGUUCAAGGAGUGCACUGUUUUGACGAUAGCCCAUCGCCUGCACACCAUCAUGGACUCCGACAAGGUGCUGGUCAUGGAUGCUGGCAGAGCUGUAGAGUUUGGGUCGCCUUACGAGCUACUGACGGUGGCGAAUUCUAAGGUAUUCCACGGCAUGGUCAAGCAGACUGGUCAUGCCACCUACGAGGGUCUGCUAAAAAUCGCACAAAAGGCAUUUGAAACCGCCCGGAAUCCCAGUCUUUCCUCAUGAGACUCAGCUAUUAUGUGAACUAUAAUUUAAGCCGAGGUGUUUGUCACCGAAUCUUUAGCUGGUUAAAACUAGAUUAUCUAAUGUAUAUUUUAUUUGAAUGUGCUAUUUCGCGUGAAUGUAAAUACGUUUGUUCGUGUGUGUGUCAAAUACUUUAUGUAAAUCGAAAACUGUAUAGGAGCCUGUUGUCUAAUUUUUCUAUUUGUAUUUAUUAAACUUUUACUAAGUGCAAAGAAGUGCCUUUAAAAUAAAUAAAAUAUAUUCUGUGUUUAUUAAGUAAA